GGACGCACCUUUCCCCCCUGCGUUUCUGGCGUGAAGUGACGUGUGCUGGAGGGCUUUUGGCGAAGGCAGCACCGCUCUUUUCAACGUGACGUAUUCAGUAGCACGCACACAUACGUGGAAUCGUCCUUCAACGCUUGCGAUUUCCCACUCGUGUCGCUUCUCGUGGACGUACUAAAAGAAAAACACGGAUCAGAACACUUCGUGCGGAUAUAUUUGACCAACUCCCCGCGGCUCGAUCACCGUAGGCUUCCCGAAAUUGCACAGCGACGGUUUUUUUUUUUACCUUUUUGUUGUUCUCUUUUGUAGCUGUCGCCACCAUGCCGCAGAAAUACUCCGACAUGCACUACAUGGCUGACAUGCCAAAGGCCAUGAUCGAAGACGCGCAGACGACGGUAAUCGAGGCAUUCGAUUCGGAGUCGCUGGAGAACGCAGUGGCGACGCACAUUAAGCACGAGUUUGUGAAGAAGUACAAGGGCGUCUGGCACUGCGUGGUGGGGCGGAACUUCGGCUCCUUCGUGUCACACGAGAUGAAGGGCUACAUCUACAUCACGUGGGGACAGGUGUCGAUUCUGCUGUGGAAGACGGUGACCUGA